GCUUAGACAUGUGGUUGUUGCGCGGGGUGUUUUUUUCUGGCCUAAUAGCCAUGGUAUUGGCCUUCGGAGAUGAAGCCAUUUUUGAGGAUGAGGACAUUUAUAACCAAGCUCUACCACCAGUUCCCCACACAGGCAUUACAGUGCCGGGAACCAAAUGGUGUGGACCAGGUAACACGGCGGCCAACUAUGAGGAUUUGGGCCGCGAACGGGAGACGGACAAAUGCUGUCGGGAACACGACCAUUGCGACGAGAUUAUCGAGUCCCAUGGUGCACUUCAUGGACUCCCCACAAACACGGACUGGUUUCCAAUCCUUAAGUGCACUUGCGAGCAGAAGUUUAUCAACUGCCUGCAGGCCGUGAACAGCAUCACCUCAAAAACUUUGGGACGGAUCUACUACGGCAGCAGGAGCAAGUGUUUUGCCAACGGAUAUCCUACAUCCGGAUGCAAGCAGUACCAGGAAGGUACCUUUCGCAAGCGCUGCAUUCGCUAUCAGGUGGACAAGACUAAGGCCAAGAUUUGGCAGUUUUACGACAUGCCGUUCUUCACGAUUCCAACAACGACGGGCUGACCCCCAAUCGAGGAUUUGUAGAUAAGAAAUUAUAUAUCAUUCAGAUGGUAUAAAUUACUCAGCACUUGCCUACUUUUAAAAACAUUUUCAGGGUAUGAGUUUAAUUUAAACUGAAUCCCCCAAGUUGAGAGUUAGUUUUUUCCUUAAUAUCUUUUCAUUGUAUACUUUUUUUAAGUUUGAAAAAAAAACAGAUAUUAAUGAAUUCAGAGGUUUGAAACCUUUGAUUUUAAUAUUAACACCAUAACUAAAACAAAUAAAUAAUAUGUAAAAAUA